AUGUCAACUAUCACUAUUGGUUGUUUGAUCGUAGGCGAAAACCCUUAUGAAAAUGCUUUCGCGGUUGAAAUAGGUUCAACGAAGCUAGUUAGUUUUUUCAGGGAUGCUAUCAAGGAAAAAAUUGACGAUAAUGUUAAGGCAAGAGAUCUCAAGCUAUGGAGGGUCAACAUUCCCAUCAAUGUACAAAACAAAAAAUUUAUUAGACUCGUCAACACAGAAAUUAACGUUAAUAUCAAGGAGGAGCUUGGUGGUGUGGAACUACUUCCACUUUCGGAGAUUACCAAAUACUUUCCCUACGCGCCAGACUACGAACACAUUCAUAUAAUCAUACAGCGUCCUGUUGAAACUAAUAAUAUUUAUAAAAUAUAA